AGCAAUUGUAAAACAUUAUCAAUAACUCAUGUAACCAUGAUGCAACAGCACUAGGUACUGUCUAGGUGGUAGUGGUAGCUCUAUGGGCGUCGUCCUGAAACUGAAAUUGCGUGUGCGCAUCAGUAGCGCUCACGCCGACGCGCGCCGCGGACAUCGACAUGGAAACUCGGUCGUUAGCCCUCCUCGCGCUAUGCGUCGUCUACGCAGAGCCUCUCUCGGGGGCCAACGACGCCCCUAAGCCUCUCAGGCCCCUCCAGCAAGUUCUAAAAACUCGCAGCGACGCCUUCGACCCGUACGCCAACGAGUACACCCAGGAUUACGAGCCCGUGGCCUUCGCCGCCGUCCCCCUCGGCAGCCCAGUGCCAAUCAUAGCCGUGCUCUCAGAAAACCCACUGGAACAGGCCAAACAGCUCCAGAAUGCGGUAGCCACAUCCCUCAAGCAAGCAUACUCGAAACCAGACUAUCAGCAAAACUUCAUCCAAAGUGACCCAACCGAGUAUCCAAGCCACUACACGAAGCCUUACGAAGAAUACCAAAAACCUUACGAACACCUAAAAUCGAAGCCAUACAUGCCCCCGGAAUACCCGAAGUAUUAUUCAUCUAUAGAAUUCGCUAAGCAGUAUCCUUCUUUGGAAUACGCCAAGCCGUAUCCUCCUGUAGAAUACAUUAAGCCGGCCCCUCCCGUGGAAUACACUAAGCCAUACCCUGUGGAAUAUGUUAAGCCUUACCCCGUGGAAUACCCUAAGCCGUAUACUGUAGAAUACCCGUAUCGUUCUGCAGAAUACACGAAGCCGUAUCAAGAAGAGUACGUACGCGACAGGCCGUACCGAGAAGAGUAUGUGCACGAGAGACCGACCGCAACAGAAGAAAAACCGACGAUACUAUACGCGAGACCGAAUGGGAAUGGCGGAUACACGUAUUCUAGAAGGCCUUUAAAGAAAAGGAAUGUGAAGAGGCCUCAGAAACAAAAGCCAAUGAUUAUAAGGGUUCAUAAGUACAGGGUGGUUAGAAGUCGCAGAUCAGAGCCUGAUAUAAGCUUAUAAAGUGUUUUGUGAUUUAGUGUUUUGCCUGCUUUUAAAUAGUUGCAUAAUGUGGUGGUUUAUGUGAUGAGACUACACUGUGUUUUAAUCCGCAAUGAGAUAAAAAGUGAAGUUGUAAAGUGGCGUUUAAUUGAUUUUUA